AUGUAUUGUUUUUAUCAUUUUUUAGAAUCAAAGUUCAACAAAUGGAAACAAAAUGCCAUCACUGCGGCUGGUGGAAAUGGAUGUGGACAAAAAAUAAAUCAACUCAAUGGCCCUUACGGAAUCUUUAUUGAUGAAAAGAAGAAUAUUUUCAUUGCUGAUUGUUGGGAGCAUCGUGUUGUUGAAUGGAAACGUAAUGCAAAAGGAGGACAAAUCAUUGCAGGUGGAAAUGGCAGAGGAAAUCGAAUAAAUCAAUUGAAUGAGCCAACAGAUAUUAUUUUUGAUCAACAAUCUCGUUCGAUCAUCAUUGCUGAUCGUGAGAACAGACGAGUGAUCCGAUGGAUGAAUCAAAAUCAACAAAUUCUCAUUAAAAAUAUUGGCUGUUGGGGCUUGGCAAUAGAUAAAAAUGGAUUUCUUUAUGUUUCUGAUACUCAGAAGAAUGAAGUGAGACGAUGGAAAAUGGGAGAAUAUAACAACGAAGGAAUUGUAGUGGCAGGUGGAAAUGGAAGAGGAGAUAAACUCAAUCAACUUGAUUUUCCUACUUUUAUCUUUGUUGAUAAAGAUCAAUCUGUUUAUGUAUCAGAUGUGCACAAUGAUCGUGUGAUGAAAUGGAGAAAAGAUGCAACAGAAGGAAGAAUUGUGGCUGGAAGGAGUGGCCCAGGGAGAAACCUGAAUCAAUUCAAUCAUCCUCAAGGAAUAACUGUUGAUGAUUUGGGUCAAAUCUAUAUGAUAGAUUGGGGGAAUAAUCGAGUAAUGCGUUGGUGUGAAGGGAAAGAAGAAGGUGAAAUUAUUGUUGGUGGAAAUGAUCAAGGAAAACAAUCAAAUCAAUUUAAUGGUCCCCGUGGUUUAUCUUUUGAUGACGAAGGAAGUCUUUAUGUUGCUGAUGGUCUGAAUAAUCGAAUUCAAAAAUUUGAAAUAAAUAUGUGA